AUGAAUAAUUGCAAUAAAAAGGAUAAAGUGUCAGCUGUAGAUCGUAUGACUUCCAAAGACUUUCAACUCGAUUCAUAUGCUCAUUUGGAUAUCUUUGGCCAUCUAAUCAAGGAUACUGUGCGAACAAACAGUUUCAAGGAAGUAAUAUACCGCAACAAGCAUCUGUUUAAGGGCAAAACUGUUCUUGAUAUUGGAUGUGGUAUUGGUUUACUAUCUUUAUUCGCUGCUAAAGCUGGCGCUGCCAAAGUUAUUGCUGUCGAUUGUUCUAAAGCAGUAUUUUAUGCCCGGCAAAUUGUUGCGGAUAAUAAGUUUAAUGGAAUUAUUAAGGUUAUACAUGGAAGAAUCCAAGAUGUUGAUUUGCAAGUUAGUCUGAAUUCUAUAGAUAUUAUUAUAUCUGAUUGGAUGGGCUAUUGCCUAUUCUAUCAGUCUAUCUUAGAUGCAAUCAUAUUCGCUCGCGAUAAAUGGUUGAAACCGGGUGGUUUGAUAUUCCCCGACAAAGCCAAACUGCAUAUAUCUGCUAUCGAAGACCAGUUUCGAAAGAACGACAAAAUAAACUGGUGGCGGAAUGUGCACGGCUUUAACAUGAAAGCCAUUCGAAAAUUUGCACUCUGCGAACCAAGGUUUUGCUCCGUCGAAGCUGACCAAGUUGUGACAUCGUCGCAUCUUCUGAAAGAAAUCGAUCUCAACACUUUGACAGUGAAAGAUCUGACAUUUCUAACACCGUUUCUAAUAGAAUGUAAACGAAAUGGCCACAUAGAUGGCAUAAUGACAUACUUCAAUGUUAUUUUCUCGAAAUCUCAUACCAAAUUUGGCUUCAAUACAGCCCCUUGGUCCCCGCCGACUCACUGGAUGCAAUCCAUUUUUUACUUUGACGAACCCAUUAGCAUACAAAAUGGACAGACAUUCUUUGGAGCAUUUGCAUUGAAGCCAAUUGCUGGAAAUAUGGAUCACAUAGAUAUUUGCAUUGAAAUACUAACUGGAGAGCCAUUGCAAAUUGUUGGUGAUAUCAAAUGCACAUUGAAACGUCGUACCUUGAUAACAAAUACUGUUCCUACUCCUAAAAAAGUUGACAAAAAGAAGAAGACAUAA